CAUCAUUUCUCAUGAACCGAUACUGAAUCCCAUCGCUUAGUAAAUGUAAACAAAAUUAAUGCGGCAUAAUUACCAAUAGUUUUUAAAAAUAUAAAACUUGAUGAGUGACCCAAAAUGAAACAAGAAAAUUGUGCUGAUAAAGAAACGAUAGAAUAUACACACACCACUGUGCCUUCAUCAAUGAGAAGUCCUUAUUGGAAGUAUUUCGGAUUUCCUGCUGAUAGUACUAAUAAAAUAUUGACUCGGCAAAAAAUUAUAUGUACGAUAUGUGGUACUGCCAUUACAUACAACAAAAAUACAUCUAAUCUUCGUACACAUCUUAUAUCGCGACACCCUGAGACUCUGCAUCAAAUGCAUAAUCAUCAAAGACAGCGGAACCCAGAGUUCUCUAGUAGUUGUGACAUGGCUGAUGCUGGUGAGUUUAAUAGUGCCGCUAUAAUGAACGAAAUGGGAAAGGAUGAAUGUAACUCGGAUAAAUUACACUUACAUAGAGAAAGUAAUAAGGGUGAUCCUAAUGUCAGUAGUCUAUUAAAAAUAAGACGUCUAAAUACAACGAAUGCACAAGAGCUUAAUGUGGAGCUAAUGGCUUCCAAUGGUCUAGUAAGCCGUCCGCAGCAAAAUGAUUAUAACCAUGAACAUACAGUAGAUUUCUCAGCUGUUGAAAUUAAUUGUGGUUCUGAUUAUCACUCGGUAACACGCGACAACAAGGAAAUCGACAAAGAUAUGCAUGAAGCGAUUACAGAAAAUGAAACCAGCUAUGAAUUUUUAACUUCGGAAACAGAAAAUGAUUUGAAAACCGAUGAAAAUAUUGGAAUUAAUUGCUCCAGUGAUUUCAAUGUUGGGGAUAUGAACCCCGACGCGGUUGCAUUAACGGAAGAUGAAGCAGUCAUAAUUGACAAUGAUAUUUCUCAAAAACCGAUGUUUGUAUAUUGCAGUGACUCAUUGCCAUGCUCAAUUGAUUUGACAAAAAAAUCAAAUGUAAUAACUCACAAUGAACUUCUUGUAAAUAUGUUGGUGUCUGAUUUACUGCCGCUUAACGUGCUUCAAGGUAUGGGUUUCAAACAAUUACUUAAUACGAUAGGUUUUGUCAAUGUGGAUAAAGAGCCAGUUGAGAGCAAAAUAUUGGCCGAUUAUUCAAAAAUGAAAUGUGCACUUAAAAAAUACAUUGCUUCAAAUUUGUUGCAACAAGAUAAACCCUAUUCAUUCAGUAUUGAAAACUUUAAAAAUAAUGAGGGAACCGACAUAAUUAGUGUUUAUGUUAACUUCCACAUUUUUGAUAUUGAAUACAAAUUUGAGAGUAUUUUAUUAGAAGAAAUUGUUUGUAGCAAAAGUACAGAUUUAAUUCGCUCUCUACAAGACUUUGAUCUUAGUCGUUGUGCAGCGAUUGUAACAACUAACGCAAACAACUCAAUUGUUAAGGAAUUUGCACUCGCGAAUGGUAUCGAAAUAGUACCCUGCGUAGGGUCAAUGUUAACCCGGUGUAUUUCUUUGAUCUUCCAACAAGAUGUGGUAUCUGAAUUAUUUCAACAGAUUUUUGAAAUAAGUGAGAAGAAUUUAAACUUAUCAACUGUGAGAUUAUAUUGCCCUUGGUGGAAACUGAAACUUCUUCAGGAUUUUUUGGAUAGUCCUUUAGCGGCAGAUGAAAAGUACAAGAAAAUUGUAUCAGAACUGGGAAGUUUCAUUACAUAUAUUAAACCCUUAAAGAUUACGUUUGAUACAAUAAACUCGGAGCAAAUGCCGUUCUGCACACUUGUGCGUCCGUUGGUAAUGCAGCUAUUCGAUGAACAUUUUUUAAAAUUCAAUACUAAUGACAAUGCUUGUUUGCAAUCGGCGCAAAAAAUUGUUAGUUCUGAGUUACGUAGUAGCAUCGCUGGAUGUUCAUUUUUUUCUGAAGCAGUGCUUUUUGAUCCACGAUUUCAACAAGAUUUCAUUCAAUCCAGCCCACAGCCAACACUACCGAAACAAACCGAUAGUUUUGGCAGCAUUCAUCGUACAGAAGUAAUACUGUCGGUUUAUAAUCGGUAUCCAAAUUUGGUUAAGGAGUUAAACUUAAAAGUAAAAUUGGAACAAAAUCACAUAGGUGCCUCGUCACAAGCAGUAUCAAAAUCAUGUUUACGAUCGUUUUUCCAGCGUAUUAGCAAUACCGCCGGUGAGACGAAUCUUCAAAACAUUAACAACACACCUUCCAAGCAAUCGCAGCCGAAAGUCGCUAUGGAUUUGGAAUUGAAUCGAUACAAAGGCGAACAAACGUUAGAUUUAGAACUAUGCCCUCAAGUUUGGUGGCAAACACAUUCUGAACGCUACAAAUUUCUGCAUAAAAUCGCAAAUUAUUAUUUGAGUGUGCCGUGUUUAACACCACGGUGGCUGAUGAGCGGCCAAGAGGAGGUGGAAGUAAUCAAUAGAAGCCAGUGGUGGCAAAAAAGUAAAUCACUGCAGUAUCUCCACGCAGCAGAGAAGUGCAUAUGGUAUUUGCAUUACAAUCGUAGUAUAUAUAACAAAAUGAUGGCCCAAUCAACUAAAAAGCAGUCUGCGUGAAAAAACUGAAGUUGGAAAAACUCGUAUCAUAAUGAUAUAUUUCUUUUAUGUAGAACAAUAGCUAAUAGGGAGAACGCAUUAGAAUGGAAAUUCAAGAUAUUAAAUUUGGCUAAAUCCGAGACUUUUCAAAUCACUGACAAUUGUCUUAGGCAUAUAUUAAUAUAUUUACGGAAUUUUUUCUACUAAAUAAUUUUAAUAUAUGUAUAUUAGAUGUAUGUAUUAGAAAUGUAAAUGUGCUUUAUUUUGGCCAUUUUGAAAAGCACGGCAGGUUAAGAAAAUAAUUAUUUAUGUAUUUCAAAGUAACGGUGGUUUCAUUUAUUCAAACAAAUGAAUUAAAUAAUUCUGUAGUAUACAUAUAUAAAAUUGUUUAUUUGAUAUUUCUUUAAUUUUGAAAUUGUUAUAAGUAUAUUGUAAAUACUUUGUUCUGGUAUGUUUACAUAGAGGACUGAAAAUAAUUAAAAUUAGUAUUCUAUAUUUGAAAUUUGGCUUAAUUGGUGUUUUCAUCCUUAACAAUUUUACGGCAGCAUCAUCCUUAAAAAUUCUCACUAAAUGUGGUACAAUUUCAGAAAAUGCAGAAAAGAAAUUAUAUUGCUAAUAGGUUUUCAAUUCAUGGUAACAUGUAUCAUUUACAUUAUUUUAUUAAACUAUUUUUAUUUCUGUAUAGCCACAAACAUACUAUGUUGUUAUUGUUCGGAGGAUAUAUUGUAUGUACUAUAUAUGUAUGUAUAUGCAUACAUGGAACUCGAAACGAACUUGGUAGAAAAGUAAAAUAUAAUACUUUAUUUUACGUUUUUUUUGUUUUGGUGAUUUCCCUUUUCAUAUUGUGAUUUUCUAUAUAUUGUGCUCUAUAAAUUUCAGUUGCAUUUAUAAAAACGUUCAAUUUCUAUGAACAACAGGUUCAUCAAAAAAAAGAGCGUCCAAAUAACUUCAUAGGUAACUAACGGGCAGUUGUUGCAUGUUGAUACAAUUAUAUUUUCAUGCAUAUUUUUUACAGCUAGUGGAGACUUUUACGAUUUUAAAGAGACAUGAACUUUUUGUUUACUGAUAAAUAAAAAUCUGUCCUUAUAACUUCGAGUUCCAAAACCUUUUUAAUCUGUCAAAUUUUAGUAUGAGUUUUUUAUAUUAUUUUGGUUUAUUAAACCUUAAAUUUUUUUAUCCGUAAAUGAACGGAACAUCUUAUAACGAAUAUGUAUAAGUUUAAUUAUAUUCUGGGCACUAGUUUGAAAUUGGGAGAAUUAUUGAAUUUGAUCUUAAAAUGCUUUCAGCUUGAUAUCGAGUAAAAUCACAUUUAUAAAUACAUCUCUGCUAAUAUCAAUGAGCUGACAAGACUUAUUCAUUGCUAUUUGCUUUUCGCGAAUUGUUCCAAACAAUCGUUUAAGUUCUAAAGUAUUUAUAUAAAUAAAAAAAAAAACAA